AGGUGCCGGGAGGCGGGGGAGUGAGGCGUGCACAGUUGCGCAGGCGCGGUGGUCGGACGACAGAUCUUGUAUUUCCAAAAUGGCGGCAGCGAUGGAUGUGGAUACCCCGAGCGGCACCAACAGCGGCGCGGGCAAGAAGCGCUUUGAAGUGAAAAAGUGGAAUGCAGUAGCCCUCUGGGCCUGGGAUAUUGUGGUUGAUAACUGUGCCAUCUGCAGGAACCACAUUAUGGAUCUUUGCAUAGAAUGUCAAGCUAACCAGGCGUCCGCUACUUCAGAAGAGUGUACCGUUGCAUGGGGAGUCUGUAACCAUGCUUUUCACUUCCACUGCAUCUCUCGCUGGCUCAAAACACGACAGGUGUGUCCGUUGGACAACAGAGAGUGGGAAUUCCAAAAAUAUGGGCACUAGGAAAAGGCUUCUUCCAUCAAGCUUAAUCGUUUUGUUAUUCAUUCAAUGACUUUCCCUGCUGUUACCUAAUUAGAAAUUAGAUGGAACUGUGUUUUUCUGCUGUUUUUUCAGUUUGCUGUUUCUGUAACCAUAUUGUAUUACGUGUCAAAUAAAGUCCAGUUGGAUUGCAGAA